AUGGUGAUAUCUCUUCAGUCUCUCUAUCUCUCUUCUAUCCAGCAAGCUUUCUGCUGCGGAUUCAUCUACAACACUUUCAUACACAAUAUCCCUCCUCAAGAACAACGAAUGAUGCCUUCUUCCGACGUUACCUCGCUAAGUCAGCACCUUCUCGAGGCUACCAGACUCAACCAGAUACUCCUGAAGCGCAUUCAGGAGCUGGAGGUUGAGCUUGCUCAGGUGAAGCAGACAGGUGCUCGGCAUAUACGCGCAGCCGGUGCUGUGUAUGCUCAGGACACCCUGAAGGCUCUUCAUUCUGCACCAUCAUACAUCCCUGUGGCCAGACAGGCUGGAGCGCGCCACAGGCGCACCGAAACACCACAGCAGCUCUUCCUCAAGGACAUCACCGAUGUCAAGGUAUAUACCACGGGCAUAGAGCCUCAAGAUGACCGCGGCCUCCUCCAUGACUUCUUUGAAGAUAUCCGCAAAUGGGCCAUCCAUCAUACCAAUGACCUGGACGCUCGAGAAAUUGCUCCCUGCUCAUCGGUAAAGGACAUCGCAGAUAUGAUGGGCGGCAAGUCAGACAUCCAGCAUCUGCUCUCUGAUCGGGAAUUGCGUCAAGACGUCGUUUCGGCCCUCAUCAUUCGAGACAUUGUCUUUCACGCCAUCGGAGAAGGUUCUAUGCUCAACUCUGAGCAUCACAAUGGCGAGCAAUGCCGCCAAAUCGUUUCUGGUUUCGCUAUGCUCCCCCAUGAAGAUUACCCCGCCAAACACCGGCUUUGUCUUCGACAAGAAGCCCUGUAUCAGGGUAUGUACACAGAGCACCAUCAUCACGAAUGGCGCAGCAAAAAGGCGGAUGAGCGUACGAAAGCGCUUCUGAACGCGCUUUCAUCCUUUCUCCACAUGGGCAUCGAUGCUGAUCGUGAGCAUUCGCUCAACGAGCUCUAUGUGAAAGGGUACCGCAUUGGUUUUCGCUUGCGGUCAAAGGCAGUUAAAUGGCAGGUUAUCUUUCCUGUUGCUGGCAUGAACCUUGACCUAAAACACAUGGUCAAUCGGACGCUCAAUCUGGUGGGCGACCCGAUGACGACGUGGAAGGAGCUUGUACAGAACCGGGAGAAGUAUUGUGUGAGAUUCGCUAUCACGCCCACCAUGACGAAAUCGGACUUUGCUACGGGUAAGGAAGUCAAGGAGGUUGUGCAUUCGGCUUUGGUACAUGUUUGGUGGAGGAAUGGGUUCGAUCUGAAUAAGUCUAGGUCUUUCAAGCACGAUCGGAAAAGCUAG